AAAAUGGACUGAUUUUAAACAAGUUAAAACAGUAUGAAACAAGUAAGAAAAUUCGUCUACUUAUUGAAAAAAACAUGUAUGAAAUUGCGUUGAGAUCAUUAAACUACGAUGAUUACGCCCACUCAUUUGAUACUGCUUAUAUACGCUUUCUUUAUGGAAAUUAUUUGUUGUUAAAAGGAGACGUCGAAAGCGCAGUAAUCGAAUAUAUUAAAACCAUUGGAAUUAUUAAACCAUUUUCUGUGAUUUCGAAACUUCUUUAUAUGAGGUACAAUGAGAAUCUUAAAUACUAUUUAACUGCAGUGGAAAAGGUGGAACCUUCCAACAACAUACGAAAUCUAAUUGAAUUUUGUAUUAAUCGUAGACAUUUGAGCAAUGAAAUCGAUAAAAUGAAGCUUUUAUUCGAGUCUGUGCACUGUAAACCCUGUCAAGGAUUUGAAAAAAUUUCCGAUUUAUCAAAAAUGUAUUUUAAUCCAUCAAAUCAAAAUAAUAUUAAGUAUGAAAGUGAAGACUUCAAAAAUCCUUAUUUUAAAUGUCAUGUAGAUAUACUUAAAGGCAGUCCCAACUCAUCCGAAAACAGGAAAUCUGCAGUAGUUUCAAACAGUAUUAAAAAAAGAAGUUGCGAAUUGACAACAAACUUAAAUAAAUCAUUUCUAAUGACAUUUAAAAAUUCUUGUACAAACGGAUCAAAUUUAGUACUAAAGAUUAAACCUAUUGUUACAGAAAAGGUCGUGCGUGCUAAAGUCGACUCAACAAAUGAAAAAGAUGUAAUAAAAUUCUUUAAUACAAAUAUUAAAUGCAAAAGGUACAACCUUUUGUUCUUUACGCUCAAUCCAAUUGAAUUUCGAAAUGAUACAUGUGAUAUCUGUGGUGAAUCCUUAGGUUCUCAGACUGUAUAUUUUCUUUGCCAACAUUCCUUUCAUAAAGGAUGUUUAAGUCACAGAACUUCCAAAUAUAAAGAUUCGAUUUGUGUUACAUGCACAGAAAAAAAAUACUCCCUUCCCGAUGAAAAAAAUUCGGAAAAAUAUGUUUCCGAUCCAUAUGAUAUUGUUCUUAUAAUUUCAAAAUUAUUUUCUGUGGGAAUUAAAAAGGGAGAAUCCGGAAUGGAAAAAAUGAUAUAAUUGAGUGGCGUUAUGAAAGGAUCCGCUUUUAUGCAUUUAAAUAUAUUAAACAGGUUAAAGGAAAUGAUGCCUCUUGAGGCUAACAAUUCUUGUUAAUUUAACUUAUAAUGCGUAUUUAAUAAAUUGUUUUCUUAAAUCGGAGAAUUUGAACUAAGGGGAA